GUGCCUGCGUUGAAUGGCCAAGGGGAACGUGAUGCUGUGCACCUUUUGAACAGGGUUUGACCGAAUGCUACUGGCUGUCCACCCUCCUCCUGCUCUUCGUUCUCUUUUCUCCUCUCACAGUUCUACCCUGGACUCCUCUGGCAUGCGAGGGUCAAGUCAGCAGGAUUUCCCCAUCCACCUCAAUCCUCUCUCCAACUGUGUUGUGAUCCUCAGUGCCACACUUGGUUUCCCAGGCAAAACAAAGGGAUUAACCGUGAACUUUACUCUCACCAGGAUACACAACCGCCCUUAAACAGAAGACUGGGAAACUGAUGAAAGUCAACUGAGAUCUUACUGAAAAUGAAAAAUUCAAACACUCUUGUUGAGUUUGGGUGCAAAUAAACCAAAGAAGAAAAUGGAAGGAGAUAGCAUGCCAAACUCAACUGUAAAUACCACUACAAUGGAUAUCCACCUGGUCACUCACAGUCUCUGGGAGGUGAUUACCAUUGCGACCGUGUCGGCUAUAGUCAGCCUCAUCACCAUUGUGGGGAAUGUCCUGGUGAUGCUCUCCUUUAAGGUCAACAGCCAGCUGAAGACGGUGAAUAAUUACUACCUGCUGAGCCUGGCAGCUGCUGACCUCAUCAUAGGUGUUUUCUCCAUGAACCUGUAUACCUCGUAUAUACUGAUGGGCUACUGGGCAUUAGGGAACCUUGCUUGUGACCUGUGGUUGGCAUUGGACUAUGUAGCCAGCAAUGCGUCUGUCAUGAACCUGUUGGUAAUCAGUUUCGACAGAUAUUUUUCCAUUACCAGACCUCUGACCUACAGGGCCAAGCGGACUCCCAAACGGGCUGGCAUCAUGAUAGGGUUGGCUUGGAUGGUGUCACUUGUUCUGUGGGCCCCACCUAUUCUCUGCUGGCAGUACUUUGUCGGAAAAAGGACUGUCGAUGAGAAACAAUGCCAGAUCCAGUUUUUCUCAGAGCCUGUGAUAACCUUUGGGACAGCAAUUGCCGCCUUUUACAUUCCUGUAUCAGUCAUGACAAUUCUGUACUGUCGAAUCUACAAAGAGACUGAGAAAAGGACCAAGGAUUUGGCUGAGCUGCAGGGGAUUAACUAUCCCACAGAGCCUGGGGUCCCCCCGCCUCAGAAGACCAUAGUCAGAUCCUGUUUUAGCUGUAAAUUAAGGUCGACGUCGCAUGACAGGAAUCAAGCUUCUUGGUCUUCUUCCAGCAGAAGCCAUGCGGCCAAAUCAGCAGCCACCACCAACGACGAGUGGUCCAAAGCUGGUCAGCUGACCACCUUCAACAGUUACGCUUCUUCAGAGGACGAGGACAGGCCAGUCUCACCAGGGGGCUUCCAGCCCUCCUUCAGGAACCAGGCUUGUGAGACCCUCAAGAGCGGAGUGGGCAGCGAGAGCGAGCAGCUCAGCAGCUAUGAAGAGGAUAGCUACUUUCAGUGUCCGCCCAAAAGCAACUCUCAGAAGAGCGGCAAGUGUGUGUCCUACAAAUUUAAGCCUGUGGCCAAAGACACUGAUGCUGAGAACCACAUCAAAAAUGGAGACACCAAAAUGGAAUCAUCAACUUUCUCCUCGGCUGAGUCCAUGAGCGUUCCAUCCACCUCCUCGACGGCGAAGCCCAUAGAUGCCACGCUGAAGAACCAGAUCACCAAGAGGAAGAGGAUGGUGCUAAUCAAGGAGAGGAAGGCAGCUCAGACUCUCAGUGCUAUCUUGCUCGCCUUCAUCCUAACAUGGACGCCAUAUAACAUCAUGGUGCUUAUUUCCACCUUCUGCUCAGACUGCAUUCCCCUCUCACUCUGGCAUCUUGGCUACUGGCUGUGCUACGUCAACAGUACUGUCAAUCCCAUGUGCUACGCCCUUUGUAACAAGACUUUUCAAAAGACCUUCCGUAUGCUCUUACUUUGCCAGUGGAAGAAGAAAAGGAUUGAGGAGAAACUUUACUGGUAUGGACAAAACCCUGUGGUCAGCUCCAAACUGACGUGAACUAUUUUUUAUUCUAGGAUAAUGGCUGUUAGGUAUAUGUUUCUAUUGUUAAUGUAGGCUUCAUGAACUUGAAUUUUACCCAGUAUCAAAAGUAUAAACUGUAUCAAGGAUCUGGUACAAUUCACAAUGUUGCUCAGAUCAGUUGUUCUGCUAUAAUGGAUGUUUAUAACUUUGGAAAUGGAGGACAUUAUACAAUUGUCCCAAAACAAACAAUGAUAGUGUAAAUAUAUUCUAAAAAUUAAAACAAUACUAGCAUUUUCCCUGGAAAUUGAUGCGCUUAUGAAGGAUAUGCCAUCAAUUAAUAUAAAAAUGAUUUUACACACACCAAUGUUGUAUUCAAGAUGCACAGUAUAACAUCUGUAUCAUUAUCAAAUUGCUCCAAACCUCUGAUAACACUGCAAAUUAUUUUAAAAUUCAUAACACAUGCAAUUUUAUUCUGUUGGAAUUUACAUUUUUUUAUUUGUAUUGAGAAUGCACAUUUUAAUGUUGCUAUUUUAACUUAAAGGACUAAUACAUGUUUUCCUAAGGUCAGAACCUGCCUGCAUAAUCAAGAUUGUAACUUGAUGAUAAUGAUAAAUCAAAGCCUUUUCACACGUGCCAUUGUCCUUUGCGAGUAAGUGUUUAUGAAUUCAGCUUUGCUGUUUUCACAUAUGUCCUGCAAAAUCUAAAAAAUAAACGUCCAUGACAAAAAACAAUAAAUAACCCCAAACCCGAACACAUUUUCAAACUGAACAUCUAAUCCUUCUAAAACUACAUGACAAACUUGCUCAACAAUGUUUACAAUGGGGCUGUUGUAGAGGAUUUAAGAGUACACAUUGUUUAUUACAAUUUGUUUAUUUGUCAUAAUCCUCAGGAUAUUUUCUUUUCUUUUUUUAGCAUUGAAAUAUAGUAUUUUUCUUCCUCUCAAUUAAUGUAGCUUAGUAAAUUUGUUAUCAUAUCUUCAUUGUACUUCUGGAAAACGUGUAAUGUAUUGUGGCAAAUAAAAUGCUAUUUGUGAAAUGUUCCUUCGUGUAAGCAUUGGAUCGGAGAUGACGUGGGGAAAAAUGUACAUGUGUCAUAAGCUAUAAUGUCAUGAAACACUUUUUGUAAGUGUGAUGAAUCUGCACUUGCAAUUUGGGGAAUUAUGAGACGUUUUGCUUCAUGUAUUGACAUGGUGAUCAAUGGAGCUAGAGCUAAAAUGUACUGCUUUUUUAUACUGUGUUUCAAUUUCGUGAUUCUUAUUUUGUUGUUUUCAGUAUUUUGUGAUCCUGUUCAUGCAUUUCUGAAUAAAAAGUGGUAAAUUGCAUGUCCAGCUUAAUGGCUAUUCAAAGAAAAUGACCUUAAAAAAAACAAUAGUUGCCAAAUCCUGGUUCCUCAUAGCUCAUCCUUCUUGCAGACUCCACUUUGAAUCAGUUUAACUGUGUCUGAAGGUUUCACCAUCAUCCAUGCAUACUUGCACAGUCGCUCCUUAUUGCAGUCCUUCUGCCAGUAGAUAACAUUCCUGCGAUUGAGGUUAGCACCAGCACACGCAUCAUACCACCAACCUCCUCC